UGCUAGCGUUGUGGGCGGUAAGAAAGCGUCUCAAGGUUCUGGGUGCGGAUUCUUAGACCGGUGGGUGCGAUAUGUGUGGACCAGGAGGUUUUCGUCACCUCACCUGAAGGAUUUAGCUUCUCCGAUGAUCCCGUGUGCGUGCAGGAUGAGAAAGCCUCCCUGCGCGGUUGCUCGGCGGCGACCUUGGCUCUGAGAUGAGCUGAUGUUGUAGCCAUGGCACUGAGGGCAGUCUGGCUCAUACGCCAAGAACUGGGGACCCCACUCGGUGGCACCAUCAGGUUCUCCAGACGAUAUCCUACUGUUGAAAAACGAGCCAGAGUUUUCAAUGGAGCAAGUUAUGUGCCAGUUCCCGAAGAUGGUCCCUUUCUUAAAGCACUACUCUUUGAACUUAGAUUAUUGGAUGAUGAUAAGGACUUUGUGGGGAAUCGAGAUAGUUGUUCACACAUCAAUAAAACAUCCAUCUAUGGACUUUCAGCAGGAGGUGAAGAACUCUGGCCAGUUAUUGCUUUUCAGAGUAAUGGCAUGAUAUUUGCUAGCGUUCCACUAGUUGAACAAACUCUUUCCCCUCGUCCACCAUUAAUUAGCAUUAGUGGAAUUUCUCAAGGCUUGGAACUUCUUUUUGGGAUACAGGAUUUUCUUUACGCUGGUCAAAAAAAUGACACUGAGCUAAAUACAAAAUUGAGUCAGUUGCCCGACUUGCUUCUACAGGCUUGUCCAUUUGGUACUUUAUUAGAUGCUAACUUACAGCAUUCAUUGGAUAACACUAACGUUGCUUCUGUGACUCAGCCACAGAAACAGCCAGCCUGGAGAGCUGGAACAUACAGAGGAAAACCACAAGUUUCUGUUUCUAUCACUGAAAAGGUAAAAUCCAUGCAGUAUGAUAAACAGGAUAUAGCAGAUACGUGGCAAGUUGUUGGAACAGUCACUUGCAAGUGUGAUUUGGAAGGAAUCAUGCCAAAUGUUACCAUCAGCUUGAGUCUUCCCACCAAUGGAUCACCACUUCAAGAUAUUCUAGUUCAUCCUUGUGUGACUUCUCUCGAUUCUGCCAUUCUGACUUCUAGUAGCAUUGAUGCAAUGGAUGAUUCUGCAUUUAGUGGGCCCUAUAAAUUUCCAUUCAGCCCACCUUUGGAGUCAUUCAACUUAUGCUACUAUACUUCCCAGGUCCCUGUCCCACCUAUUUUAGGUUUUUAUCAAAUGAAAGAAGAAGAAGUACAACUAAAAUUAACAGUUAAUUUAAAACUUCAUGAGAGUGUGAAAAAUAAUUUUGAAUUCUGCGAAGCUCACAUACCUUUUUACAAUAGAGGCCCAAUUACACAUUUGGAAUACAAAGUUAGUUUUGGCCAGCUUGAGGUAUUUCGAGAGAAAAGCUUAUUGGUGUGGAUUAUUGGCCAGAAGUUCCCUAAAUCAAUGGAAAUUAGUCUUUCUGGAACUGUAACUUUUGGAUCUAAGAGCCAUAAUAAGCAGCCAUUUGACCAGAUUUGUAUAGGCAGUACAGCCUAUGUAAAGCUUCAUUUUAAAAUCUUAGAUUAUACACUUACUGGAUGUUAUGCGGAUCAGCAUUCAGUUCAAGUUUUUGCAUCAGGAAAACCAAAAAUCAGUGCACAACGGAAACUAAUUUCUUCUGACUAUUACAUCUGGAAUUCUAAAGCUCCUGCUCCCAUAACAUAUGGAUCAUUGUUACUGUAAUUGUUGCGUGUUUAAAUGGGAUUUGUAUAAUGGUAACACAGCUUAAAUAGAAUCACUGUGUUAUUUCUAAUGUUGAUACACAUAACCCGUUACUGAAAAAAAAAUUAUUGAAUGAUUUAAUUAUAAAAAUACUCAUUUUGAUGUUUUUAGUCUACUGUGGUUUGAAGGAGUAUUUUAAAGGUUAAUGUCUCCAGUUUUUGUUAUCCAUUGAUUUUAUGUCACUGUGAUUCAGAACAUGCAAAAGUAGUAAUUCACUUUGGAUUAUUUUAGACUAGUCCUGGGUCAAAGUGCCACACAUGUUCCUUCCUACCCCUGCAGCAGACAUUGCUAAUCAAUCACAGCCCUCUUUCUACACUAAGCCUUCUUGGGAAAGAGCUCAGUCUUCUCAGUGCAGAGCUUCAGGCAGCCCAGUCCAGUGGAUAGUAAUUGACCUGCAAGAAACUAUUUGCUUCUCUAAACCUCAGUACUAAGCUCCUAUUCCAACAUGCUGUUACAAAGUACCAGAGACCAGGUUAAAAAAAAUAACUAUAAAUCUCUUGAAAAAAACACCCAGUGAAGACAAAAGAAAAUUGUUUUAGUUAGUACUGUUUUUAAUCAGGUCUAUCAUAUUGACUAAUAAAGAAUCUGCAUAAUUCUAUUUAAGAUCUUUAUCCGUUCUACCACUACUGUUUUUGUUUGUUUUGCUUUUCUUUUUUAGAGCUACUUUUUAAGUAUUGUUAGCCUGCCAAAAUAGCAUUUGGCCUAGGAUGUGUCAGUAGGCAUAUCAAGAUGGGCAUGAUACCUUCCAAAGAUGACUGUCGUGUUUUGUGAUCACUUAAUAUGUAUCCAAUUUUUUAAAGACAAAUUUAGGCAUAAUAUUGCUUUUUCCAUCUUUCACUAAAAUAAAAUCUUAUUAAUUAAUGAAUUCAGAUAAAAAUUCAAGAAGCCUUUCUGUGGUAGAGAGGUCAUAACUCUUUAUUUUAUGUAGCAUAUUUUCUUUAAGUUUAUCACUCUUACUUUCUUGUUACCCAGUUUCUUGAUUUC